AUGGCGGCGGCGGCGGCGGCGGUGGGGAGCGGGGCCGAGCCCGGGGCCGGGCCCGGGGCCGGGGCCGAGCGGCGGGCAGAGACUCUGGGCUUUUACGAAGCCCGAGGACCACUGGACAAGAAGCGAGGGGGGAAGCGGAGUGUUUCAGAUCUGUCCUUGUUGAGAUUUAUCAGUGCCGAGUUGACUCGAGGAUACCUUCUGGAACAUAAUGAGGCCAAGUACACGGAAAGGCGGGAGAAGGUGUACACGUGUUUACGAAUUCCUCGGGAACUGGAAAAGUUGAUGUUUUUUGGAUUCUUUCUCUGCCUGGAUGCCUUUCUGUAUCUUUUCACUCUAUUGCCAUUGCGAGUUCUUCUUGCUCUAAUGAGGUUUAUAACUCUACCUUGCUGUGGCUUAAGUGAUGGACGACUCCUACAACCUGCUCAGGUGUGUGACAUGCUCAAGGGAGUUAUAAUGGUCAUCUGCUUUGCGAUGAUGCACUAUGUGGAUUAUUCCAUGAUGUACCACCUCAUUAGAGGACAAUCUGUCAUCAAACUCUACAUCAUCUAUAAUAUGCUGGAGGUAGCAGAUCGUCUGUUUUCUUCUUUUGGACAAGAUAUUUUAGAUGCACUGUAUUGGACAGCCACAGAACCUAAAGAGAAAAAGCGGGCACAUAUUGGGGUUAUACCUCACUUCUUCAUGGCUGUACUUUAUGUCUUUCUACAUACUAUUCUAGUUAUGGUGCAAGCAACAACCUUGAAUGUUGCUUUCAACUCCCACAACAAGUCAUUACUUACUAUCAUGAUGUCAAAUAAUUUUGUAGAAAUAAAAGGAAGUGUUUUCAAGAAGUUUGAGAAGAAUAAUCUUUUUCAGAUGUCCAACAGUGAUAUAAGAGAGAGAUUCACCAACUAUGUACUUCUGUUGAUUGUUUGUCUGAGGAAUAUGGAGCAGUUUUCAUGGAAUCCAGAUCAUCUUUGGGUUUUAUUUCCAGAUGUUUGCAUGGUAGUUGCAUCGGAAAUGGCUGUUGAUGUCGUCAAACAUGCGUUUAUUACUAAAUUUAAUGACAUUACAGCAGAGGUGUACAGUGAGUACAGAGCAAGCCUUGCAUUUGACUUGGUGAGCAGCCGGCAAAAAAAUGCAUACACAGAUUACAGUGAUUCAGUUUCUAGAAGAAUGGGAUUCAACCCUCUUCCCCUGGCAGUUCUGCUAUCUCGAGUUGUCACAAGCUCUAUAAAAAUUCAGGGAGCCUUGGCUGUAGUCAGCGUAUUGGUCUUUUACUUGGGGUUGAUUACACUCAAAGUCCUUAACAGCAUUGUGUUGCUGGGCAAAUCUUACCAGUAUGUGAAAAAGGCCAAGAUGGAGGAGAAGCUGUUCCAAACCCCACCAACCAGCACGCCUGGGAAACCUCCCAAAAAAUCUGCCAGCAAAGUUAAAUCCCCUCAAGAUAUUUCAGUAGAAGACCCUCAGUCAGACUCAAUCACCAGCCAACCUGUAUCCCAGUCAGAGCGCGCCUCACCUCUGCUCCCACAAAGCAGUUCUGACCAGUUUCUCACUACCCCCGACGCAGAGGAUAAAGGAGUGCCCCAGGAGAAUUCUGAUGGGAAGCAUCAUUCUUCGAAGGAAGAUCUGCUAGAAAUAGACAGGUUCACAAUUUGUGGAAACCGAAUUGAUUGAUUCUCGAACACUCAAAGCCCUAAAUGAGAGUUGCUUCAGCUGCAAGACUGUGCAUGGCAAAUCGAACAAUGCCAAGCUCAACAAUAAGGGUGAAAGCUGCCAAAGGAGGCACCAAUCAGGAAUAUUUAUUGAAACCUUUAUAAUUUAUUAAUAACUAAAAACCAAAAUAUAUUUUACCUGCCUUUCCAUCAUUAGCUGAAAAUAUUCAAUUUGGAUAUGCUCUUUCGGUUUAUGUAUCCAUUUCUGUGGCAGUGGAAGAAAUAUGAUUGGUUUCUGUGGAUAUUUGGCAGAUAAAUGCUUUCAAGACUGCUUCCUCUGCAGCUGUGUGAAUUCUUUGUGCAAUAUUUCUUGACACUUGUCAUGCAAUUAUGCCAUUGAGUGAUGCAAUCAUAUAGUCAGACAGCUGGCUUUUUUAAACGUUUUCAAUAAAACUUUCACUGUUACUUUAAGGCCUCUCAUUGCAUAAAGAUGUGCCGGCAGCAGUGACAUUAAAAAGUAAAUUAUUUUCCAAUCUUACACUGUUCUUGGGAAAGUACGUUUUAGUGAACGAGCUUCAAUUACAAUAUGUAGGUACGGGAGAUUGUUUCUGAAAAUAUCAAUUAAAAUGGAUCCUCUUAAAGGAGCUAGCAUCAUAGUGCAUCUAUCAUCUGUAAGAAUGGUGCUACAAUAAAAUGGAAUAUUUGGAGAACAUUUUUAUAUUGCAGAACUGUGUGAGUAAAGCAAUGUGUAAGCCAUUCAAGAGCAACAUAGUUUUGAAGGAAGUUAUGAUUCAAAUUCUGAAUUGAAUGAGAUAAUAAGAACCAAUCUUCUUUCGCGGUAAGGUAAAGUACAUAGGAAAGAAUGUGAAUAAAUGCACAGAUAACUGAUCUCAUUUGUGUACAGAAUAGCUUCCUUUUAAGAGACGUCACAUCAACUUGUUGCAAUUUAUGUUUUUUAUACAAUGGUCAUUUAUAUUAUACUAAAGGCAAUUUUUUUUAUUUGACUUUCAUUAAGAACACCAGCCAUCUUCAUAUAACUGCUCAAAGCAAAGCUUAUUUUACAACAAAUGCAAUACUUCAUACUUACUGUCUGAAUUAAGUUGUCCAACUCUGAAGCAGCAACACCAGGUCAAUCUGAAUAAAGUUGCCAAUGUUUAGUGAACUAGAAGUUCAUAUUAAAAUUGAAUGGAUUAAUUUUUUUAAAAGAUCAAAUCGGCAGAAUUUCUCCUUCCGUUCCACUUCUAUGUUGCAAAGAGGCUUGUGACUAAAAUUUACAACCGUACCAAAUGUCACAUGUUCUGUACCUUUUUUUNAUAAAUUAAUGCAUUCUUGUACAAAGGAAUACUGAAUAAAUUACGUUUUUAAUAAA